AUGUCGUCUACACCUUAUGAUCAAGUCAUCAUUGAUAUCAAGAACUAUGUAUUUGAUUAUCACAUUGGUGAUGAGGAUGUCUUCAAUUGCGCGCGGAUGGCGCUCCUCGAUGCCAUGGGAUGCGCUAUCGAAACGAUCUCUUCGAGUGCCGAGUGUGGCAAAUUGUUGGGGCCAUUUGACUCAAUUACAGUCAAUCGGAAUGGCUUUAGGUUGCCUGGCACUUCAUAUUUACUUGACCCAUUGAAAGGCGCUUUCGACAUGGCAACGAUUAUUCGAUAUCUGGAUCAUAACGAUGCGAUCGCGGGGGCGGAUUGGGGCCACCCUUCUGACAACCUAGGGGCUAUCCUAGCUGUGGCAGAUUGGCAGAGCCAUCGCAUUGCAAGGGGAGAUAUCGUCCAUACUGGUCCCAAAUUAACCAUGCGCACACUUCUCACAGCUAUGAUCAAGGCUUAUGAAAUUCAAGGGUGCUUUCUUUUACGAAAUGCUUUCAACAAACAUGGUUUAGACCACGUCAUUCUGGUCAAGUUAGCAUCUACUGCCGUAGUUGCUUGGCUUCUUGGCCUCACGGAAGAAGAAACAAUGGCUGCAAUAUCACACGUAUGGAUGGAUGGCCACCCUCUCCGCACUUACCGCCAUGGAACAAACACUAUACCUCGUAAGGGCUGGGCUGCUGGUGACGCUUGCAUGAGGGCGGUGCAGCUUGUGCUUUUUGCGCAAACAGGCCAGCCCGGAUCUAAGACGGUACUGACUGAACCAAGAUGGGGAUUCUACGAUACUCUGUUCGGGGGCCAGCCGUUUCAAUUUCCCAUACCGUACGAUAGUUGGGUCAUCAGAAAUACAAUCUUCAAAGUCAUGCCGGUUGAAGGUCAUGGGAUCGCAGCUGUACAAGCAGCCCUGCAACACGGUAACCUCAUGCGAGCCCAAGGCCUUUCCCCGGACAAGCACAUCAAGAGAGUCGAUAUACGAACGACAGCCGCAGCUAUCCUUAUCAUUGACAAACAAGGGCAUCUGCAUAAUGCUGCUGAUAGGGACCAUUGCAUGCAAUAUAUGGUUGCUUUGGCUUUACUCAAGGGUGCAGCUCCAGAGAGUAACGAUUACAAGAGCGAGAGCCCUUGGGCGUGUGAUGAACGGCUUUCGGAGCUUCGAUCUAAUAUCCAUCUAACAGAAGACAAAAACCUCACUAAAGACUAUCUGGAUCUGGAUAAGAAAAGCCUUGCAUCGGGGGUGACAAUCACGUUUACCGACGAUACCAUUUCGGAAGAAAUCUUUGUCGAGUUUCCUGUCGGCCAUGUCCAAAGUGCCGACACAAAGAAAAUGGUUCAAGAGAAGUUCAUAAAGAAUAUGAAGUUACAAUUCUCUACACAGGAGAUAGAGCGAGUGAUCAAGGCUGUGGAAAUGCCCGACCUGAUGAUUUCAGAGUUCUUGGGUCUUUUUGCUAAAGGCCGACACAAUAUCCAGAAGUUAUAA